UUACCAGAAUGGAAGCCGCACAUACAUGCAACAAUAAAAUCAAUUUUACAUGCCGCCGUCGAACCUUACCUACCUUAACUGCCUGUUUACUGAUACUCGGGAUGAUCCAUUUCACCAAACUUCCGAGACAGCCUCUACCACCGCCAACAAUAAAUAUAGAAAGUCCUCCAGUUAGACCUCUGAAAGCUUUUAUUUCUUCCGCUUAUUACUAUCCCACUUCAAAAAGUCUAGGCGACAAUGCUGUCGCUUUGUUGAUGAGCAUCAAUUUGAUGCCAUCGCCAUACUAUGCACCUCCCGACUUUCAAGAGAUCGUGAUUUCGGCAACAAACUCAACUUCCAGUGUCACUGUCAAAACUCCACAUCAGAUAGUCACCUUCAAUCACCAGUGCCAAAUAAAAACAAUCUUCGCAACCGCUCAGUUAAUUCCAAAUGUGGAAAAAAUCGAAAUGGUGUCAGAUAAUGGAAGGACGGAGAUUCCGUUUACCAAGCCAUCAUAUGAAAGCCGGGAUGUGGUGAUUUGUGUCGCUCCGUUGUUUGUCAGUGAGCAAUGGCAAAACUUUUUAUUUGCAGUUCACAUUUACAAAAAAUAUGGUGCAUUCGUGAAUUUAUAUCUUGUUAGCUCUGUGAAUACAUUUUACAAUCUUAUGAAGGAGUAUGAAGAGGCUGGUUAUCUUAGAAUUCAGCCGUGGGUGUCAGUCAAAUUUCUAGGAGUUCCCAAGAAUAUUGCAGAUACUGAGGGGCAAAUAGAGUUAAGAAGUCAAGCAGCCGCUCAGUCAGACUGCCUGUUACAAUAUAAGGAAUCCGCUCGAUUUAUCAGUUUUGUAGAUUUAGACGAUGUGUUGAUUCCGCGACUUGCUCCAACAUACGUUGAAGAAUUCCAACAGUUGUUCGAUAGAAAUACGCGAAUAUCUUAUAUUCUCUACCAUAAAGAAAAUUACAAUGCAGUUGUCCCAAAGACUGGCUUGCAAUUUUCACUCAAAAACAUGUUUAGCAGUUUGACUUGCAAACAUUUCAGGGAAACCGGUAAAAGUGUGGUUGAUCCAUUGCGUGUCAAUUUCACAUCUCUGCAUUUUCCACCACAAACUCCCAAAACAGAGAAAUACAUUGUGUCUGAGAAUGUGAUCACUCAUCUUAAAACAAUCGACUGGGUAGACGAUAUUAAGGAUCCAAACAGGGAAGAAGUCAUUGAGCCUCACUUUUAUGAUAAUUCAUCAACCACAAUUAUAUCCAAAAAGGACAUAAUUGAUCUCGAAGAUGAUCUUCAAAAAAUGAUGAAGAAACUGCAGGACACAAGAGUAUUUUCGAAGUUGCCUCGAAUUCGCUAUUAUUCGGAUUUGGUGCUUAAAUGCUACAACGAAAAAUACUACGAUUUGUUUUACAAUAACAGAAAAACGGAGAUUACAUGCCCUGGGCCUCACUUUUGCGAUUUCAAACAACAUUUGACUAUCAAAUGCAUGCGAAUAAAUGCUACAUACACUGCCAUGGAGACAUUGUCACCUGUUACUUAUUAUUAUGCAACUGAUCCGUAUUUUUCUGACACAAUGGGUUGCUAUGCAAAUUAGACACUGUUUAACGAAUUUGAUUUUAUAAUUAAUUUAAUUUAAUUUAUUUACGCUCGCGAGGAGACGUGGAAAAAGUUGAAG